AUGGACCCCACCAACGACCCCAAUUUCACGCCCCCUUCUCUCAACAGAGAUAUCGAGCCGCCCGCAGAUUCCUCCAAAAUCCCCGCGAACAUUCCUAUCGAACAACUUGUAUUGGCAGAUAUGGGUGAGAAAGUGGAUGCCCCCACCCCGCACCCGUCGGUAUCGUCCCAAACCGGGCGCCAGGAAACGCAAGGAUCCAUAUACCAGUCCAAAAUCCCGCGCAUACACACGGAUUUGAUGGACUCUCUGAGCGACGAAGAAAUUACCAAGCCCGUAAAAACUGUCUUGCCGCCGUCCAUCAAAGUGAGGCUGACCCAAAUUGCAGAUUUGGAGGAGGUUCCGCAUGGUAUCCAGAGACAGGCCAAGGACUUGAAGAACUACCAGUUCCCAACCCAUAGACUAGCCACCACACUCUUGGACGAGUCCAAGCAUCCUUUGGUUGUGGUUGCGUGCGGAUCGUUCUCCCCGAUUACAUACUUGCACCUCAGAAUGUUCGAGAUGGCGUUGGACGCCAUCAGCGAGCUGACCCGUUUCGAGGUCAUUGGCGGCUAUUAUUCGCCAGUGUCAGAUAACUACAAGAAACAGGGCUUGGCACCCUCUCACCAUCGUGUGCGCAUGUGCGAGUUGGCAUGCGAGAGAACAUCGUCAUGGCUCAUGGUGGACUCGUGGGAGCUGUUGCAAAUAAAAUAUACUAGAACCGCACUUGUCUUGGAUCAUUUUAACGAAGAAUUAAAUGUCAAGCGCGGCGGGAUCACCACUAAGUCCGGCGAACAGCGCGGGGUCAAGAUCAUGCUUUUGGCUGGCGGAGACUUGAUCGAGUCAAUGGGGGAGCCAGACGUCUGGGCGGACCAAGAUCUACACCAUAUCUUGGGUAAGUAUGGCUGUCUUAUCGUGGAGCGCACUGGUGCCGAUGUGCGGAGCUUUUUGUUGAGUCACGACAUCAUGUACGAGCAUCGCCGCAAUGUCUUGGUGAUCAAGCAGCUCAUCUAUAACGAUAUUUCGUCGACCAAAAUCCGGCUUUUCAUCCGAAGAGGCAUGUCUGUGCAGUAUUUGUUGCCAAACUCUGUCAUCCGCUACAUCCAAGAGCAUAAACUAUACAUCAACGAAACUGAGCCGGUGAAGCAAGUCCUAAACGAUAAAGGCGACUGA